AAACGCUCCUCGUAGCGACUGGACGUCGACAGCCUUACGCAGUGAAAGGUUAAAGGUUAAAAGCAGGCAUCGCGGGGUCACACGUCGAUCUAAAUAGUCUGAUAAAGUCCGUUUCUCGCGCUCUAUGGAUUAUCUGCCGUUUCUGUCAUGGGCCUGCAUCGUGUUUACUGUCGGGAUGUUCUCUACUGGACUGACCGACUUGAAGAAAAUGCGAGAGACGAAAAGCACUGACAACAUCCAGUUUCUCCCUUUCCUCACCACCUGUCUGAAUAACAUAGGCUGGUUGUAUUAUGGGAUCCUGAAGAGGGACCGAACAAUUGUGCUGGUCAACACAAUCGGAGCACUUCUCCAGAUCCUGUACAUCGUCAUGUACUUGCUCUACACAAAACAAAAGAGGCAGGUGACGAUGCAGACCCUCGUGGCCGGGUCGGUGCUUUUCUGCGGCUGGUGCUACUUCACCGUGUUUCUCAAAGAGGGAACGUCGCAGCUGGACCAGCUGGGCCUGACCUGCAGCGUGGUCACCGUCAGCAUGUACCUGUCACCGCUGGCCGACCUGGUGGGAAUAGUGCGGAGUGGCAAUGUGCAAUGCUUGUCCUUCCCUCUGACUGUCGCCACCUUCUUCACUUCAACAUCCUGGGUCCUCUACGGCCUUCAGCUGGUUGACUACUAUAUUGUGGUUCCAAACACACCGGGCAUCGUGACCAGCCUCAUCAGAUUUUAUCUGUUUUGGAAAUUUGGCGGUUUCAGUCAGAGCUCGCCUUCCUAUAAACCUUUGCACAUGUGAGCGCCGACGGUUUGAAGUGGAGACGACGAUUCUGUUUACUAUAUUGGAAGACGGAGGAGACAAAGCUUCCCCGUCACGUGUCUUUUCAGACGAGUGGGACAAAGCUACAUAUUACGAAAAGAAGGGAAAAGCUCGCUAAAUGUCAGCACUGCUGAAGUGUUGACGACGACAACGGUGUUUUGUUUACUUCUGGAGGAGGUACAGCUUGGGUGCAGUUACUUACAUAGUAGGAAAAAACCUAAUGUCUUAAAUGCUGGUCAGCUGUUGUUUCUGCCCCCCCCCCCCCCCCAAGUGCCUUGACCCUGCCGGGUCUCGUCUUGCCACUAAUGUUCAGUGGCAUUUACUAAUCUGACUACAUGUCAGAAAGCCUGCUAUCUGUUUUCAAGCCAGUGGACUGGAUUGAACCUUAUCUCUUUACUCGCCAAAGAUCCUCUGAAGGAGUUUUACUUUACUGUCGGCUGCUAUUUCGAUCACGUUUUACGGUCUUAUCCCGUUCGGUGGUACUCGUAUAUGGAACGCUGCAGUGUGUUUGGUUUCGUAUUUUUGUCCACAGCUCGGUGGAGCAACGAGGGUUUCAUAUCUCUGCAGAGUUUGUACUCAUACCUCUGUGUAUCCAUGCAAAGAGAUUACUGUGUCAUAUCAGUGGCAAUGAUGUGUUCUGAAAUGUUUUCUGAAUAUUUUUAUUUUAUUCGAUAUUUUUUCACAAGAAUAAAGUUCAAUGUUCACUCUUC